UGUAAAAUAUAAUAUGCUACUAUCACAAGCAUUCUCUUGCUAAAACUGAAAAUUAAGAGUAACAAAAAAAUACAAGAUGGAAAAUUUAUUGACUACGUCAAGCGACAUGAUAUAAUAAUGUCUUCUAAGGAGUAUAAUAUUGAAUGUCGAGACGAUAUAAUCAAAAUUCCUGAUGUUUCUACAGGUAUAAGAUUUGCAAGAUCAUGGGGACUAAAUACUAAAGGUAUAAAAGCAAAGGAUGAGAUUAUCAAAGUGUUGUUGAUUGAUUGGGACAAGACACAUCAAAGGCCUGAGGAUGACGAGGGUGGUAUAGUUUUGCAUCAAGAUUUGCUUUAUCACAGAGGAAAUACAGAGAAAUUAAUGAAACUUUACGACAAAGUUUUAAACUUUUAUAAAGACCUUCCAGUCAACUUCCAACAAAAUUUGAAUAGCAUAUUUCCAGAUGUUGAAAAAACAUCAAAGUUCAAGCGUUCAGAGUUAUUAUCACCUGAAUGUUACAUUCUUGUUGCAGGUGAAGCAACAUCUGGAAAAAGUAGUCUCAUAAACUUAUUACUUGAAGCAGACAUUCUUCCUGCAAGUAGUAUUAAGUGUACACAGACUGUCUGUGAAAUUCGAAAGAGCAAAGAUGGUCGAAAAAAGGCAACCUGCUUUGGGGCUAAUGGCGGAAAGGAAGUGAAAAUAGAUUUGAGUACAAUGGAAGGACAAGAAAAGUUAAAGAAUAACAUUACUUAUGAAGACAAAAAUGGUGACAAUCCAUUCGAUAAAAUCGAAAUAUAUUGGCCAACUAAUGUUAUUGAGGAAGGUCUUGUUAUAAUAGACACUCCUGGUUUUGGUGAAAUCCAGAUGCAUCAGUCUUUUCAAAAGUACCUAUCAAAGUCAUGUGGUUUCAUUUAUGUUGUGAAUACAUCAAAUGCAGGUGGCGUUCAGAGAGGAAGGCUGAAAGAUUUUCUGCGAAAUGUGGUUAAUACUUUAGACGAAGAAUUCAGCCCAUCUUCAACAUUGUUUGUAUGCAAUAAAUGGGAUGUCGUGCCAAUUAAGGACCGAGAAGAAAUAAAACGAAAUAUUGUGUACAAACUAGAGCCAAUUUUUCAGGGACUUCGAGAGGAACAAAUAUUCUACUUUUCAACUACAGAGGCAAAACGGGCCAUGGAAUACGGAGCCAUGGAUCCUGCUCAUAAAGAUUUUAUAUUUAAAGGAUUACAGAAUUUGUUUCCUGCAAGUUUACGACAACAACUCAAUUCACAUUACUGCUGGUUGUCUCAAAUAGUUAAAAGAGCCAAUUAUACCCUAAAAGUUUCAAAGACUAUAGACGCUGUGGACAAACAAGAAAUGACGAAACAGAUGGAAGAAAUCAAACGAAAUAUGCACGCUUUGGGGGAGAAAUCAAAACAAACCAUUGAAGAUCUCAGAAGGGAACUGCAGUAUGAGAUAAUUCAGUUGCACAAAACAACAAGUGAAGUUCUAAAGUCUUCGAACAUGCGAAGCAUAUUGAAUGACUGGAAACAGGAUGAAUGUCCACGCCCUGGUAAUUAUAAGAAAUUAGCCAAGGAAGCAGCUGACAAAAUUUCCAGUAAAGUUUCAGUAGAGCUUAAUAAAUGGGAAAAGGAGCAACGAGUUGUCCACUCACUCAAAGAGAAAAUGAUAAAGAAAUUCAAACGAGAUUGCGACCUUCUAGAGGACCAAAUUGAAGCUAUAGAAGGUACUUUUCUUGGAGAACAUGAUAAAAAGAUUGUUAGGGACCUCUACAAAUCAAUAAAGAAGCAAGCACCUGUCAAAAGUAUAUGGAAAAAAGCAAAGAGAGAUGAUGUAGAUGAGAUCAAAGGCUUAGGCGGAGCUGUGGCAGUCGUGUGUUCAGCAAUAGCAAGCAACAAACAAUUUAGAGAAAAAUUUAAAAGUUACAAAAAAGAGAAUAGUACAAAGAAAAUGGCUGAAGCAACAGACCUGUUUAUUGAAUCAAUUGUACAAGGAAACGAACUACAAGACAAAAUUUCCCACUAUCUUAAGAAACUUGUGAAAGGCGUGGAUGAGAUUGCCAAGAAAAUCCCUGAAUUUCUAAAAGCAGAUAGCCAGCUAUUAGAAAAACUGACACAGAGUGUAAGAAAAGCAGACGAUAACUUGCAUACGAUGUAUCCACAGUUUAUUUCCUCAGGUCAGACUAUCCAGGGUGAAUUGGACUUGUUUUUCGUAUAUCAUAUAAUGGAUAUGGACUACAGAUUAAGCGACGUUGACCUGGACAGAAAAGAUCUUUUAGGAAGUGGAAGUUUCGCAGACGUUUACAAAGGUCAUCUUAAACUAUCCAGCCAUACUGAAAUCGUUGCACUGAAAUAUUGUAAAGAUCCACUAUCAGACAGGGUCGUAUCGGACAUUUUAUUGGAAGAUAGAACUUUAAGGGAAAUAAAUCAUCCAAAUAUCACUCAAUACUAUGGUUGCAUACUACAACAGAGUGGCGAAUCUAAAAGAAAGGUACACUUUAUCAUGAUAAUGGAAUACUGCGAUGGUACUUUGAAAGAUAAAUUCCUGUGCACAGAGUACGACAAUCCUGGUAAAGUGGAAAUAUACUCCGUACAAGUAGAACAAAUGGAGGAGCUUGCAAGAUAUGCCAAACAGAUAUGCGAAGGCUUGGAAUAUCUCCACAAAAAGAAAAUGGUUCAUCGAGAUAUGAAAUUAGAAAAUAUUUUGACUGUAAAGAAUAAAAACGGACAGGAUGUAGUCAAACUAAGCGAUGUAGGCCUGACAAAGAAGGAAAGGGACAUCAGUGGAACAAAUACUGGCUCACCUGUUUAUAUGGCACCGGAAGUACUUGUUCCGACAGGAAUUUAUGACAGAAAGGCAGAUAUCUAUGCACUGGGAAUAUUGCUUUGGGAGAUGUGGUAUGGAAUUGAUGUAGCAGACCAUAUACAGCAACAGCUUUAUACUUCUCUUGAUGACGCAGUGAUAAAUAAAGGACUCCGGCCUUCAUUGUCGCUGAAACACAAGCCAGAAGAAAAGUGGCAAAAUCUGUUAAAAGCAUGCUGGUCAAAGGAUAAGGAUCAAAGACCAGAAGCGACAGAUGUUAAAACAUUUUUUGAGCAAUUUUUGCAUCAUUAGUGUCUUUCAUAACAUGUUAGUCGGAUGAAGCAUUUACAUUUGUUACAAUAAGCAAUUAAUUCAAAAACAAUUUGUUUGACAUCCUGGAAACAGUGUAUACAGCUGAAAGAGUAAAUACAGUUCAUAAGAUU